AAAACCAUUUGUUUUGAUUAAGUAGUAAGUAUAUAAAUUGUUGGUCAAGGUUAACUGUUUAAAAAUCAAACGUUCAUCGCUAUAAGCUUUGUUAUAGUUGAUAAGAAUUAAGUGAAUAUUACCAGUCAAUUUUUGGUAAUAGAAAUAUGUUAUUUAUACUAUUUCUGGCGGUUCCGCAGAUAGCAUCUGCGAUAAUGCUACCAGUUUUCGAAGAGGACAUGCAUCCGUUAUCGGACAAAUUCAUCAAUUCGAUUAACGAAGCCCAAUCAACAUGGACAGCCGGUAGAAAUUUCGCUAGAGACAUUCCAAUGUCCUAUAUUACCAAACUAAUGGGUGUUCUACCUAAUUACAAAAAUUAUAUGCCUGCAGUGAAGGUACACAAUUUGGAAGAUAUUGAGAUACCCUCACAGUUUGACGCUCGCCUUCAAUGGCCUCAUUGCCCAACUAUUCAAGAGAUAAGAGAUCAAGGGUCGUGCGGUUCUUGUUGGGCAUUUGGAGCGGUAGAAGCAAUGUCUGAUAGAGUAUGUAUUCAUUCGAACGGUACCGUUAAUUUCCACUUUUCUGCAGAUGACUUAGUAUCUUGUUGCUAUACAUGUGGAAUGGGCUGUAAUGGUGGUUUUCCUGGUUCAGCGUGGCACUAUUGGGUCAGGAAAGGUUUGGUCUCGGGUGGGCAAUACGGUACUAAGCAAGGAUGCAGACCAUACGAAAUAGCUCCAUGUGAACAUCACGUUAACGGAUCACGACCGGCUUGUGAUGCUUCUGAAGGCAAAACGCCGAGGUGUGUACAGAAAUGUGAAGGAUCGUACAAAAUCAAUUAUAACAAAGAUAAACAUUUCGGUGCCUCCGCUUAUUCCAUAUCCAGUGACGAAAAGCAAAUCCAAACUGAAAUUUUAAAGAAUGGACCCGUAGAAGGAGCAUUCAGUGUUUACGCCGAUUUCGUUAAUUAUAAAAGUGGAGUUUAUCAGCACACGACAGGCCCAUUUUUGGGAGGUCAUGCUAUUCGUAUUAUUGGCUGGGGAGUCGAAAGAAAUACUCCUUAUUGGUUGGUAGCGAAUUCUUGGAAUUCCGAUUGGGGAGACCGUGGUACUUUUAAAAUUCUACGAGGAAAGGAUCAUUGCGGAAUCGAAGAUGGUAUCGUCGCCGGACUACCCAAAUAAUAUUUUUAUUAAAACUAUAUAAAUUAAUCUGUAUAGUUUUCAUUUUUCAAAUGUAUCUUGUGUUUUUAAUUUUUGUAGAUCUUUGAUAUUAGUAAAUAUCUCAUUAUAUAUAUAUAUAUAUAUAUAUAUAUAUAUAUAUAUAUAU